AUGGUUCUAGUUGAGUUAGUUUUUCAUCAUGGUGGGGAAUGGAGUAGUAAGCCACACCCGCUGUAUAAAGAGAAGUAUGUGCACAUCAAUAAAGGUUUUGACUCUGACUUGCUCUCUUAUGCUGAUUUAGUUGAUGAAUUUGAUACAAAGUUUGGGUAUAUAGGGGUGCAGCAAUUAAUAGUAAGGGGUCUUGGUGGUGGAUAUUAUGAAAUAGAUGGGGAUGUUGGGAUUAGGACUCUAUUGGACCUUGUUAAUGAACAUUGUAAUAUGAUUAAUUUGUUUGUUGUAGAAGACUGUGAACCUGCACUUGAUGUACCUAAUAUAGUCACUCACAUUGAGUCACACACAGUAGAAGUUGAAGCUGCUACUGAUUGUAGUGAUAAUGAAAGUGAGAAAAAUGAUUCUGCUACUGAUUCUGAUUCUCCUGAAUUAAGUUCUGAUGAUUUGGAGCAACUUUUUUUACAAAAGAGGAGGGUAACAAAUGAUAAGUUAACUGACUAUAAAGAGUUAGAUAGGUCAAUGACAUUUAAAGAUAUACCUGAAGCUAGAAAAAUGAUCAACAUGUAUUCUCUUGCAAAUGGGUAUGACUUGCAGCAAGUUAAAAGUGACCCUACUAGGCUUAGGUACAUCUGUGUUGGUGACUGCCCCUUUGUUUGCCAUAUAUCUAAGGAUUCUUCACGGGGUGGGGUUAAAUUCAAGAAUUUAGAGCCUGAGCACACAUGUGAACCUGCAUUUGAAAAUCAAAGAGUUGAUGCAAAUACAAUAGCUGAUUACUUUAAAAUAGGCUUGCAAGAUAACCCCAAAAUAAAGGUUAAAGAGAUGAGGGCAAGCUUGAAAGCUGCAUUUAAUGUAAAUGUUAGUGAAUCUAAGUGCAAAAGGGCAAAGAGAAUGAUUUUGGAGAAACUUGAAGGUAGUUUUACAGAUGAAUAUAAUAAGCUUGUUGCCUAUGCCAAUGAAUUGAAACUUACCAAUCCUGGGAGUGAUGUCAUAAUUAACUUAUCAAAAGACGCUCUUGAAGAAGGGAAAAUGAGGUUUUUAAGGAUGUAUAUUUGUUUUCAAACAAUGAAGUCUGGGUUUAAGAGUGGUUUGAGGCCUUUCAUUGGAUUGGAUGGAAUAAUUUUGAAAGGGAAGGCUAAAGGUCAGCUGUUGGUGGCUGUUGGUCAAGAUUCUGCCAAUCAUUUCUAUCCAUUGGCUUGGGCUAUUGUUGAAAAAGAAACAAAACUUACUUGGAAGUGGUUCUUAGGUCACCUACAGACUUCACUAGACCUGAAAAUGGGUGAAGGGAUCACAUUUAUAUCAGAUAUGCAGAAGGGGUUGAUUGACUCAAUCCAAACUGUUCUUCCAGAGUCACACUUUAGAUUUUGUGUAAGGCAUAUAGAAGCAAAUUGGUGCAAGAGAUGGGGUUCUGGUGAAUUUAAAAAAUUGCUUUGGUGGGCUGCAUGGAGUACUUAUGAAGAGGACUUCAAAGAUCAGAUAAAGAAUAUGGGUGAAGUAGAUGAUGAUGGAAAGGAAGCUGUGGAGGAUUUGUUGAAGUAUCCACCAAAAUUUUGGAGUAGGGCAUUCCUUGAUACUGUUUGCAAGAACCAAGUUGUAGACAACAACUUGAAUGAGUCAUUAAAUGCUUGGAUCUUGCAAGCAAGGCACAAACAAAUCAUUAAGAUACUUGAGGAUAUUAGAAUCAAGGUGAUGAAUAUGAUUACUGAACAUGAAGCUGAGGUGAUGUCAUGGGGAAAUGAAUACAGUCUUAAAACCAUGGAGUUGUACAACCAAUUCAUGAGGAUUGCAUUGAAGUGUCAUGUUAAUAGCAGUGCAGACCAUGGAUAUGAGGUGACUGAAAAUAGUGACAGGCACAUUGUGAAUUUGAGAUUAAAGAAAUGUAGCUGCAGGGCAUGGGAUCUUUGUGGCAUUCCAUGUCCUCAUGCAAUAUGUGCAUUAUUGCACAAGAAGGUGGACCCUCUAAGUCAGAUUCAUUGGUACCUUACUAAAGAGACUUAUCUCCAAAUUUACUCACAUAAGUUACAACCAGUAAGAGGAGAAAAGUUCUGGAAAAUUUGGCAUAAAAACCCUUUGUGA